AUGAAUCCAACUACUACCGUUGUCGCUAAUCCUUCUACUAUUACUAUUGGAACUACCAAAAAUCCAGACGGUGUCAAAUUAAUAUACGCGGAUUUUAUUUUCUGGGCUGUUGAUCAAGGGUUUUUUAUUUAA